AUUCGCUACAAGGAGGAGUUUGAGAAGAACAAGGGGAAAGGCUUCAGCGUGGUGGCUGACACCCCGGAGCUGCAGAGGAUCAAGAAGACUCAGGAUCAGAUCAGCAACAUCAAAUACCACGAGGAGUUCGAGCGGAGCCGGAUGGGCCCCAGCCCCAGCGAGGGCACGGAGCCGGAGCGCAGGAACUCCCCGGAGAGCACCGGGUACCGGAGACCCCCGGAGCAGCAGCACCAGCAGCACCACGUCCAGCCCAGCAACCCAG